AUGAACCCAACACACGCCACUGUCCUAACCGACCUACGAGCUCGGCAUGAUAUCUUUGAUGCAAGGGACGGCGAGGCGCAUUUUGUGGACAAGUUGCAAACGUCAAUUCCGCCCGAUACUAAUACGGAUAACCAUUUUGGAUUGUUCACAAACGGCCUUGACUGCCUGGUCUUCAUGCUGCGGACCAUUUUUAGUCGAGAUACCCGAUAUGGCCGGAAUCAGAGCCGCAAGGAGGAAUCUGACGAACAAAAGAACUCAAUCCUCAGGUUCUGCUGGUCGUCAUUUGACCUUGUCAAGAACCAACAGGGCGUUGUUGACCAAACCCAGCAUCAUAUCCUGGCGGCUGAGAAAAAGUACUUGCUCAGAGAAUUCCUUUCUCAGAGGUCGACGCCUCAGGAUAGUCUCACCGCUCUCAAGUUGAUGGACAGCGACAUCAUGAAUGAGACACUUUGGUCACAGCCCAGCUUCCGGUUGUAUGACGCCAUUAUUCGGUGUGACGAGGCCAACAACUGUGACUGGUAUCUCCUCCCACGGCCAAGUCGACUGGGAGAAGGCAAACGCAGCCUUCUGGUUUUUCAAACGCGUAAUCACCCAGGCUGGUCAUUGCAAGACUUCAUUGAUUCCAGCAUUGGCAUACAGUCUUUGAACGACGGUUCACGUGAAAUAUGGCUCGCCAACCACGCCUGGUUAGAAUUCGAUUCCAGCCGUCCCCAGUGA